AAGAACAAGAAUCGUUAAUUGAUAAACUAAUAACAGAUAAAGAAUUAAAAGAACGUUGUAAAAAAUAUGGUUUGUGUAUAAAUUGUAAACAGCCUUAUUUUACUGGUUAUAAUUGGUGUCAGUUAUGUAUUUCUAACAAUUUCCAACAAAAUUUCAAAAAUUGGACAAGCGGAAAUCAUGACGUUGAUGAAUUUAUUCAAAAAGCACAAUUAAAAGCUAAAAACUUUGGUCAAAUAAUGGAGUGGAUUGAAUAUGAUAAAUUUGAAGAUGUUGAAUAUUUAGCAAAGGGGGGUUUUGGAACUACUUUUAAAGCAGUUUGGAAAGAUGGUCAUAUUUGGGGUUGGGAUUUUAAUAUUAACGUUAGUAAAUUGAGAAGAGAAAGUAAAACAAAAGUUGCUUUAAAAUGCUUACAUAACUCACAAGAUAUUACUGCAGAUUUUUUAAAAGAAGUUGAAUCAAAUAUUUUAGUAUACGAAUCAAAAUGUAAUUAUAUAGUACGCUGUUUUGGUAUUACCAAAGAUCCAAAAACAAAUAAUUUUAUGAUGGUAAUGGAUUUAAAAAAUGGUAACUUAAGACAACAUUUAAAUAACAACUUUAUUUCAAUGGAUUGGAAACGAAAGUUGUGGAUUUUACAAAGUAUUGCAAAUGGUCUUACAAAUAUUCAUAGUAAAGGAUUAAUUCAUCAUGAUUUUCAUUGUGGAAAUAUAUUAAGCAAUUUUGUUGAUAUUGCUUAUAUUACUGAUUUGGGAUUAUGUCAACCAGCAAAUGUCAAACCCUCUCAAAAUAGUAAUAAAAAAAUAUAUGGAGUAUUACCUUAUGUAGCUCCAGAAGUUUUAAGAGGAAACGAAUAUACUCAAAAAAGUGAUAUUUAUGGGUAUGGAAUCAUUGCAUAUGAAAUUUGUACAGGAUUCCCUCCUUAUUAUGAUAUAGCUCAUGAUGAAUUCUUAACAAUGAAAAUUUGUAAUGGGAUGAGGCCAAAAUCUAAUUAUAAAAUACCUCAAUUAAUUAUUGACAUUAUUAAUCAAUGUUGGGAUGCAGAUCCUUUAAAACGACCUAAUGCAGAUGAAUUAGAAAAUUUAUUUAUUAGUUUGUGGUCUAAUUACCAUGAAUUUCCUACAUCUUUAAUCAGGAAGCAAGCUGAAGUAGCAGAUGAAAUUAACAAAAAGUCAUCUUCAACAGUUCAGUCACCAUUAUCAUCUACAAGUACACUCACAUAUAUGAUACAUCCUCAAGCAGUUUACACAAGUAGACUUUUAAGUUUUAAAAAUCUUCCAGAACCAAAAAAUGCUAACAAUGAUGAUUUAGAAUAUUCAGGUAAUUUUAAUUUAAAAUAA